UGCUCUGAAGCCUACUGAUAUGGAGCCGUUAUGGAUUCAUGUAACCUAUGCUUGGUUUAGACCAGAAGUUUGCUUUGCGAGUGAUGAGAAAAGGAGCCUGGACUCCGAAUUUUAAGGAUCCCCAACUCAUUUGUAAAGGGGUAAGGUCCCAAAAACCUUAUAUCAAGUACCUGGGAUCAUACCAAACCUCAUCUUUGAACCCUCUUUAGGCCUUGCACGGCCGCACACUGGUCUCACGAAAGAAUUAAGGAGAAAGACAGCAGAUAACGCCCGCGCGCCAAUAGGGAGUAAACGAAUCCUUGCGCCAUUUCUCUACAGCAAAAGGAUAAAAAUCCUAGCAAAUACUUCCGCCUAAAUAAUACCCAGACUUGGAUAUUAUUUACUAAGUUGAUACCACACAGUAAAAAGUCACACUGGAUUAUGGCAAUAAUCUUCUAGAAGACUCAAUCAUGCACCACCAGACGUUUAUAACCGUCUGGACACGUAUCAUCACUCCAAGCCAUCCUGAAAUCACGAUGAUGGCAUAUAAUCGGAGAGAAACCUCCACUUACCCACUUUCCACGUGGCAAUUCCCCAGCCUUUGAUUAAGAUCGUGAUCCGUGUGCUUCCACAAUCCGAUCAAAAGGAAAAGUAACCGCUUACGGAGUUAGCAUCUUCCGUUACUAUUUCAGCAACGAGUUUUCCCGCCCAAACUCUCGGCUAUAAAUAUGAGAGUAAUUCAGGUAUGAAUUUCAAGUUACACACACACUUCGGCAACUUCUUCUUCUUCAUAAACACAUACUUAUUCUCACGCCGGAGUCGGGUCAAGGAGAGAACCUCCCUUCUCCCCUUGACGAGUCUAACGGUGUUCUAUUUUGCAGUUUUCACCGGAGAAGAAGAUCUGUCCCUUCGAAUCAAGCGAGAGAGAACCAACCCUUUCAUGCAGAACCUAACCCUCUAGAUAAUUUGAUUCUGGUCAUUUAUCUAGUGUUUCUUCAGGUACACUCAAGAUGGAUGAUCUAUUCUUGAAUCCGAUCAGUGACAUGUACGCGUUUGCUGGAAACUCCGGAAACGAUGAUACUUCAUCGAGCAAUGUGAAUGAAAAUCCAACGGUUGUGAAGAAAAAGGAAGCUUGGGAAUCGGAAAGUGCUUUUGGAACGUUCAACAAACCCCCAAAGCUAAUGGCUAUCGAAGAGUACAGUAGAUGGUCGAGAAAGUUUGAAGAUUGGUUGAUGGCGUUUGCAUUUGCUAGUUGGAGGAGUUUGAAGAACGGCUAUGAACAUGGAGAUAAAUCUGGUGAAAUGUUGACGUCAGCUGAUGAGAUUGAUUCAUUUGUAGCUGAACAGAAGUGUAUAGCGUUGUUGUUUUAGUCGGUUUGGGAAGAUAUUAUUUCUUUGAUAGAUUAUUCAAAUGCGAAAGAUCUCUGGAAGAAGUUAGAAACAAAGUGCUUAGGAAGUUCUGAAAUUGUCAAAAACAAAAGAAAACUUCUUAGAAAAGAGUUUGAUCUUUUUGGGUGUCUAAAGAAUGAGUCUGUCUGUAAAAUGAUAGAAAGGUUUGGUCAUUUGAAGCUAGAGUUAGCAAGACAUGAUAUCAGAUAUUCUGAAGAAGAUCUUGUUGACAAGUUGUUUGAUUCAUCGCCAGACGAGAUGGAUUGGAGAUAUUACGCUUUAAUGCUGAAGAAUACCAUCAAGGCACCAGAAAAGUUAACUUUAGAUCUGCUGAUUGAAAAACUCGAGAGUCAUGAGUUGGAGGUGAAGAAGACAUUCAAAGUUAAUCAUUCAUCCUAUCAGCAGAAUCUGGAUCUUUAUUAUCCAAAGAGUAUGAUGCCAAAAGCAACUUCUCCCAAAACUGCGUUUUCUUCUGAAAAUGUGUCGACAGCAAGCAAAGAAAGUCAAAGCAGUGGAAAUCACAGUGGUUAUCAUAGUGGAAUUUCAUCAUCUACAAGUCAUUCUGAUGCUAAGUUUCAAUGCAACAUCGCGAUAGAUUUGAAGAAUGCUCAGAAUUUUGACGAGGAUUCGGCUAAGCAGCAGAUGGUCUUCUUAGCGUCAGUGUUGGAAUCAUAUGAAGGGUUAGUAGCUGGGAAGAUCGGUAACACAAACCUGACGAAAGAGGACUAUGAUCAAAUAGAUCCUGAAGAAAUGGAGUUAAUCGAUAUUUGUUGGGCUAUGGCUAGUGCUGUUCGUCGUGCUCAGCGUUUCAUGGAAAUAACGGGCAGAAAGUCAAUUGGUGGCCCGUCUACAAAAUUAGGAUUUGAUAAAUCGAAGGUGACAUGCUUUAAGUGCAAACAAAAAGGUCACUUCAAACGAGAAUGCAGAAACGCUUAUGCUGAUGAGUCGGAGAAUCCUUUCAGAGAGGAUUACUACAAGAAGGCGAUUUAUCACCAGAAUAAAUCUGAGCCGCCUAGAUUGAAGCAGGUUGAAGAUAACAAAGAGAAAUCUAGAGCACUUGUAGUGAUCUAUGAUGAUGAGGGUUAUGAUUGGAGCAAAGAGGUUCUACCGGAGGAAGACGCGGUUGGUUACGCGUUUAUGGCGAAAAAUGAACCUAUUCCAUGGAAAGAUAAUCGAACAGAAGAGCAGAAGUAUAGAUACAGAAAAAUGAUUGCUGAAAACAAAAUCAUAGACUUUCUGGUAUCUAUCAGGAAGCGAAGAGAGCGAGAAGAUGGGAUCCGGACAGAGAAUGCUACCUUGAUCCGUAUGGAAACAUUGUGAUCGACGACAAAACACUGGAUAUUGAAGCCAUCAUCAAGGAAUACAAAGAAGAAGAUGAGUACUGGCAGAAUAAGUGGUGGGGAACUGGUGAUGAAAAAGAGAAAGAAGAGAAAGAAAGAAAAGAAAAAGAGAGAAAAGAGAAAGAAGAG